AUGGUUGAUUCAAAGGAAACCCCGGAGAAACCCUCCCCACAACAAUUCGAGGAUACACCCGUCCAAGAUUCCCCAUAUAGCAUCGAUCUCAAGCAAGAUGGACUAGUCAUAGACGCGGAAGCCUCUAGCCUCGGCCCACCGACCUUUGAGGGAGUUGAUGAAGAUGCUGUCCUCCGGAAGAUGGACAUUCGUCUCAUUCCCAUGCUGAGCAUAUUGUAUCUGUUGGCCUUCCUGGAUCGCGGGAAUAUAGGAAAUGCGAAGAUUGAGGGGCUUGUUGACGAUCUUAAUAUGACGGGACCGCAAUACAAUUGGAGUUUGACUGUCUUCUUCUUUACCUAUUCCGCCUUUGAACUGCCGAGCAACCUGCUUCUGAAGAAGUUAAGACCCUCAAGAUGGCUUCCGUUGAUCAUGGUCGCUUGGGGAAUUGUUAUGACCCUGAUGGGAGUUGUCAAAGAUUACGAUGGAUUGCUCGCAACUCGUCUAUUUUUGGGCGUUGCAGAAGCCGGCUUGUACCCUGGUGUGGCAUACUACAUUACACUUUGGUACCCACGCCAUCGGGCACAAUUCAGACAAGCUCUCUUCUUCAGCGCCGCGAGUGUUGCGGGUGCAUUCUCUGGGCUUCUUGCAUUCGGUAUCGCUAAAAUGGACGGCGUGGGUGGAUAUGCUGGCUGGAGAUGGAUUUUCAUUCUUGAGGGUCUUCUUACGGUUCUUGUGGCCUUGAUAGCCCCAUUUGCGAUUCACGACUCCCCAGAGACUGCCUCCUUCUUAACUGAAGAAGAACGUCGAUUUGUGAUCCACAGUCUGCGGAUUCAAAACUCGGUAGACUCGCGCGAAAUUGAUCAGACGAAUGAUAAGUUUGAAAUGCGCUAUGUCAUUGAGGCUUUCACCGACUGGCAAAUGUGGCUGGGUCUAUUCAUGUUCUGGGGUAUCACCUGUCCGUUAUACGGAAUUUCCCUUUUCCUUCCUUCGAUCAUCAAGGAUCUAGGUUAUAGUUCUUCGACUGCCCAGCUUCUUACUGUCCCAAUUUAUAUCACUGCAGCAGUUGUGGCUGUUGUUGCAGCGUGGGUAUCAGACAGACGAAAGGAGAGAUCGCCGUUCAUUCUCUUCUUUAUGGGCAUGAUUAUCGUCGGCUUCAUCAUCUGUCUCGCAUCUACUGGUCGUGGAGUCCCAGGUGUUAUGUAUUUUGGUAUCUUCGUAGCAGUCAUCGGAAUCUACCCAGCAUUCCCCGGAAAUGUCACAUGGAUCAGUGCCAAUAUGGCAGGUGACUACAAGCGAGCCGCCGGCAUGGCCAUUUACAUUGGACUAGGAAACCUGUCAGGAGCUAUGUCCUCAAACUUCUACCGUGCCCAAGAUGCGCCGAAUUACAUCCUCGGCCACUCCCUUGAACUUGCUUUCGUUGUCGUGGGCAUAGUAGCGGUUGUCAUUCUACGUAUGACGUACCAGCGUGUUAACCGGAAACGGGAUGCUAUGGAUCCUUCAGAGUAUCCUGAAAAUUCUGACUCGCUCGGUGAUCGCUCUCCGCUAUUCAGGUACAUGCUUUGA